AUGAAUGCUGAAGAAAGGUCAAGUGUAGUGUCACCUGAACCUACAGAAUUGGACCAAGCACUGGCAAAUAUUAUUGAAAUGGAGGAAGUCGCUUCCACCUCCCAGAAGUUUGAUGAAGCAGUGGUAAAAGAGAAAGAGGACACUGAUAAACAGAAAGCCGGAAGUAUGAGAAAAAUGGCAAUGGAGAAGUUAGGAGAAACCCAGAAGAGAGAAGUUGAGGAAGGAGAACAGGAAAACCAUAUGAAGAAAAAGAGGAGUGGCAAUGAAACAAUCUCAUUUCUGCGUGAGAAAGCAGACAGCGAGAAGGCAUUGAGAGAAGAAGAGUUAGCGAUA